AAAUUAUAAAAAUGCUGGUGAAAGUCUGGCGUUCCAGUCUUGGAUAACCUUUGCCUGCUAUUAAAACUUCAAACAACAAAUAACAAGUAGAAACAAAUAUCAUUGCUUUCAAGUUGACCUGCAGCUAGAAAUGGAAAAUUCAGAAAGAGAUGUUGAUGAAGCAGCAAUGCAGUCCUUUUCUGGUCGAAAAAAUGGUGGCUGGAUAACCUUCCCCUUCAUUAUAGCAACUAUGGCGGGCUUAUCGCUUGCGUCUGGAGGGUGGACUAGCAAUCUGAUUGUUUUUUUGAUAAAUGAAUUCAACAUGAAGAGCAUCAAAGCAGCUAAAGUAUACAAUGUAGUCAAUGGCUUGACCACUCUUUUCCCAAUUCUUGGUGGAAUCAUUGCUGACUCUUAUCUUGGCUGUUUUUCUGUCAUUUGGAUUUCUUCUCUUGUCUCUGCUUUGGGCAUAUUGCUUCUACUAUUGACAGCGGCAAUUGAUGUAUUAAGACCUGCAGCAUGUGAUGGUGGAUCCAGUCUUUGUACAAGCCCCUCAAAACACCAGUAUGCAGUAUUAUAUGUGGCUCUGGGACUAGCUUCUUUAGGGGUUGCAGGUACGCGUUUUACAAUUGCGCCCAUGGGAGCUAAUCAAUUUGAUAAGCCAAAACAUCAAGCAAUAUUCUUUGAUUGGUACAUAUUCGCCUUUUACACUUCCUUUGCAAUAAGCACCACGGCUAUUGUUUAUGUGGAGGACAAUAUUAGUUGGUCAUGGGGUUUUGGUAUCUCUUUGGCUUGUAACAUUCUUGGCUUGGCAAUGUUUCUCGUUGGGAAACGUUUCUAUCACCAUGUUAAGGAACAAGGUGGUAGCCCUUUCAUCAAGUUAGCACGUGUCAUUGUCGCUGCCAUUAGGAAACGGAGAGUCCCUCUUGCGGAACAAACUCAAAACUACUACCAUGAUCCAAGUGAUACAACCACAAUCACAGCCUCUCCGGUUCCUACAAAGUUCUUCAAGUUUUUGAAUAGUGCAGCUUUUAUUACUGAGGGAGACACCAAAUCAGACGGCUCGAUUAGGAAUCCCUGGAGACUAUGUACAGUGCAGCAAGUAGAAGAUUUGAAAAGUUUGAUCAAGCUUUUCCCUCUAUGGGCUAGUGGUUUACUAAUAUCCACACAACUAGUCAUGCAAUCAAGUCUGCUAAUUCUUCAAGCUCUCACAAUGGAUCGACAUAUGGGACCUCAUUUCGAGAUCCCAGCUGGUUCUAUGUUAGUCUUCAUAUUGUUAUUUACCUGUAUAAUGAUAUCAAUCAUUGACAGAUUACUCUACCCUUUUCUAGCUAAGUACACUCGCUUUUCUAUCACCCCACUUCAGCGCAUUGGAAUAGGCCAUGUGCUGACUAUAGUUAGCAUGGCUGUCUCCGCGCUGGCGGAGUCCAGGAGGCUGAGGCUUGUUAGAUCGCACCAUCUCCAAGGCCAAAAUGGUGCCAUUGUUCCAAUGUCAGUCUUCUGGCUUGUGCCACAGUUAGCUCUAAAUGGAAUUGGAGAAGGAUUUCAUUUUCCAGGACAUAUGGGGUUUUAUUACCAAGAAUUUCCAGUAUCUUUGAAGAGUACCUCGACUGCAAUGGUUGCGCUGUUUAUUGGUAUCGCGUACUAUAUAGGUAACGGGUUGAUUGAUCUUGUUCAACGACUAUCAGGAUGGUUGCCAGACAAUAUCAACGAUGGAAGAAUGGAUAAUGUUUUCUGGCUCUGUUGUGUCUUAGGAUCAGCAAACUUCAUUUAUUACCUUGUGUUUUCCUCCUUGUACAAGUAUAAAAAUAUGGACAACAAACCAAAUGAUGUGCCUAGUAAAUGAUCAUUGUUAUAAUUGAA